AUGCCUCCAAAGUUUAAGCGGCACCUCAAGGAUGAAGAAGUUACAGGUUCAGUCAAAAGUGAAAGACGCAAUUUGUUAGAAGAGGACUCUGAUGAGGAAGAAGAUUUUUUUCUGAGGGGACCUUCUGCACCUAAGUUUGGACCAAGGAAUGACAAGAUCAGACAUGCACAGAACCAGGUGGAUGAAGUGAUUGGUGUAAUGCAAGAGAACAUCACCAAGGUGAUAGAACGAGGAGAGAGGUUGGAUGAACUACAAGACAAGUCAGAAAGUUUGUCAGAUAACGCCACAGCUUUCAGUAGCAGAGCAAGACAAAUCAGAAGACAAAUGUGGUGGCGGGAAUGUAAGAUGAAAGCCAUAGUGGCCUUGGUUUUCAUUCUCAUCCUGCUAGUGAUUAUUGGUAAGUACUAA